AGACUUUUUUUUGAACCUCCUGUUAUGACAGACAUGCCCACGUAAAUGCAUAUGUCUGUCGUUGAAACUUGUGUUUGGGCUUUUCCGGGGCGGGGUUGCUACUGAGUAUGUUUUUUUGAGGCGGCGUGUGUGUUUAUCAGGACUCCUACAAUGCAUAGCGGGGUACGGACGCUUUAUAAUCCUGGUAGAUGUUGCUUUGAGUGGAAGGCCAAGUGCCCAAUUCCGAUUUAAUGCCGGGUGCGCCCGCCUUUGCCUCUCUCCACGGUAAACCACUCAUCAAAAAAAGUCAGCCCGCAAGCUAGCAAAAAGUACAAAACCUUUGCGAGCCUAUUCGGAAAUGGGAAAAGGCCAAAUGAUGGGACAGAAGAAGCGUCCAAGAAAAAGAUUUCAUCUAUAUCUGCAUUUGACAGACAAUGUCAGCAGUCCUACUUCAAAUAUGGUUUUAUCGCAACAGAUGAUUCUCGCGCGGCAAUCCCACUUUGCCUAAUCAGGGGCGGCAGACUCCCAAACGAGGCAACGAAGCCUUCGUUAACUGAAUACCAUGCUUUUAUUUCAACACGCCAUCUUUGCGAAGCGGGAGUUUCGGCAACUGAAACAAAAUGAGUAAUACGCCUUUUGGCGUCAUUGUCUCCCACCGCGCCAAGACGGGACCGGCUCAUUGAAACUAACCAAAUGCAAGACUCCCACUAAUUACAACGACGACUGUGCGUUCAGCGUAACGGCGAGGAGUAUUUUGGAUGAUAGUUCUUAUUGACUUACUUCUGGGGGACAGUUGGUUGAAACCAUCCAGUGUGAAUCCAGCCUUAAGGAGUGAGCCAUUAAACCAAAGUAAAACCUUCGGAGCCGGGAGGCGUAGCCAGCCUUACACCCAAGCAGCAACACACCCACCGAUCGACACCCCCCUCCGACCGCCUCAUUUCUCCGCCUGUGUCCCUCCGGCUCAGCACUCUGUCAGAACCGCUGGAGCUCAACACCGUGGGAUUAUCACUCUCUCACUGAGCGACACAAACGCGCACAUUAGCGCUCCGGGCUGGUUCUGGUUCCUCUCCUCGCAGACUCUGCCGAUGCUCUCGUCGCUCCCAAGCGAAGGAGCUUGUUGUCCAAGACCACGUGUCUUCUUUUUUUUUUGUUCUCCUGUCUGCAGCCCGGGCCACCGCUAAUGGAGGACUGGGGCGCGUGACAGGAGCUGACGAAGACGCAAUCGCUGCGCCCCGACCGCCGCCAUGUCUGGCGCCUUCGAAGAGACGGCCAGCCUGGAGGAGAACACCGACAGUUUCUGGGAGGUGGGGAACUACAAGCGCACGGUGAAGCGGAUCGACGACGGUCAUAGGCUCUGCAAUGACCUCAUGAAUUGUAUCCAGGAACGAGCUAAAAUUGAGAAAGCCUACUCCCACCAUCUUACCGAGUGGUCCAAGAGAUGGAGACAGCUUGUGGACAAAGGUCCUCAGUACGGCACUGUAGAACGUGCUUGGACGUCACUAAUGACAGAAGCGGAGAAGGUGAGUGAUCUUCACCAUGAAGUGAAGAACAGUCUGAUGAGUCAGGACUUUGAGAAGGUGAAGAACUGGCAGAAAGACUCGUACCACAAGCAGAUGAUGGGAGGCUUCAAGGAAACCAAAGAGGCGGAGGAGGGAUUCAAGAAGGCCCAGAAGCCCUGGGCUAAAAAGUUGAAGGAGCUUGAGGCCGCCAAGAAGGCAUACCACAUGGCCUGCAAAGAGGAGAAACUGGCAUCUUCGAGGGAGGCCAACGGCAAGAGCGAAGCCUCGGUGACUGCUGACCAGCUGAAGAAACUCCAUGAGAAAGUGGACAAGUGCAAACUGGAUUCGGAGAAGGCCAAGGACAAGUACGAAAAAGCUCUGGAUGAGCUGAACAAGUGCACGCCUCUGUACAUGGAGAACAUGGAGCAGGUCUUCGACCAGAGUCAGCAGUUUGAAGAGAAGAGGCUGAGCUUCCUCAGGGAGGUGCUGCUGGACGUCAAACGCCACCUCAACCUCACAGAGAACCAAAGUUACGCAUCAGUGUACCAGGAACUUGAACACGCCAUCGAGUCAGCCAGCGCUCAAGAGGAUCUGCAGUGGUUCAACAACAACCACGGCCCCGGCAUGCACAUGAACUGGCCGCAGUUUGAGGAGUACAACCCAGACCUCACCCACAGCAUCACUAAGAAGGAAAAGUCAAAGAAAGGCGAUUCCAUCAUGCUGACCAAUGUCACGGCAACGGUUGACAUGGCCCAAGCUGGAGAUCAGGGCAGUGUGAGCAGCUACGAGAAGAACCAGGCUCACACGGCCUCCAACGAGUGGUCAGAUGAGGAACAGACGCUCCCCAAUUCGGCCAGCGACACCAACGGCGGUGCCGACCCCUUCGACGAGGACUCGGCCGGCGGCGUGAGAGUCCGGGCGCUGUACGAUUACGAAGGCCAGGAGCAGGACGAGCUCAGUUUCCGAGCAGGCGACGAGCUGACAAAGUUGGAGGAAGAGGACGAGCAGGGCUGGUGCAAAGGUCGCCUGGACGGCGGUCAACUGGGUCUCUACCCGGCCAAUUACGUGGAGCCGAUCUAACGCUCUCACUGCCGAGAACGCCGGGGCAAACUCUUAACUGGACUCAACCAUCCAGGCGCGGAUGGACGCACAUUGACCACCUCCGCCUUUUUCGAGCACCCAAACUUUAUUUCACCAUUCGGGACCACGCGACUCCUACUUACUGCGUUUUUACGAUACGGUCUUCAAAGCGGUGCCUGGAUUAGCAAGAAUGAGCUAUGCGUUGUGCAUUCAAUGUUUGUAUUUACAUCAUUGUUUUUUUACCGUCUGGACGCUUGUACAGUGUUUUCUGUUAUGGUGCGUUUUUGACAUAUUUAGCCUGAAAGGAAGAGUCCAGUUUUGAGAGAUCACGCUACCGACAGGCUACGUUAGCAUUCACACUCACAUUCGCACCUGUGUACAAUUUAUGACUUCAAUGAACCUCAAACAUGUUUUUUUUUUGUUUUCAAAUGCGGGAGGAAACCAGGGCCAAGAUUCAAAUCCAGAAAGUCAAAAGUGUGAGGUAGACAUGCCAACCAUUAGGACACCGUGCUGCCCAUCUGUCAACAACCGAUCGGCAAAAACACCAAACGCUAGUUAACGCCUGACAUGUUUACACUUCCGUUUACCGAAUACGCAAAUGACAGACGUGUUAGCAGUUGAAGCGUUUUUGUGCUAAAAUAAGCUAAGCCCGCCAGAUAGUAGAGGAUUUUUUGGGGGGAUCAUGGCAGUAGCGCACAAAAGUGUUGGGUUGUCCUCAUUCCGUCCGACAUCUGGCGGCAGACGUGUUCAACUAUGGCGGACCGUGUUUUCCAUCUUUGCGCUGAGCUAAGCUAUCCGGGUACGACAAAAGGAGGUUAUCGGGGCACAAAAGUACAAAAGUAUUUGCUUUUGACAUCUUCCAACGUUGUGUUGAACUUCAUACGACCCACACCUCUGCUACACGAUACAAUAACACACACACAAUAACAAUAACGGCACAAAGGUUUAGAUUUAUUCGAACAGCUCAUGCCAGAUCUAUUCAAUGUCUCUUCUUUUUGUUAAGUUUGUAAUUCUCAUAUGGGUGGCAACACAUAAGCAGGAAAUCGUUUGAAGGCUAUUAGACGGUCACAUUUAAUGAGGGUUGAAAAGUUAUAUAGACCUAGACCCCGUUGGCGAAGUCCUCCCAACAGUAAGAGUGUCGACCCCGUCUUUAUUCUCCCGAAGUUUAGACUAUUGCUUUAUUGCUUUAUCGCUUUAUUGCGUUGACUGACAUUUGGGACUCUUUCCGUGUGCACGUUGGGAGUGGCUAAAGAGACCAUUUGUUUAUGCUUCUCUUUGGAAUGAAAUUGAGCAAAGGGUGAAACGGGAUGCUUUACCUGAACAGCACGUCUUCUUCCUCUUUCAUUUUUCCCAAACUGUGUCGGGUCCCGAAGUGGCUCCUGGGUUCAUUUGAGGAGCCGGGAGCCUGUUUUGUUGAUCUUCAAGCAAGCAGCUUCUUUGUUGUACAUUGGAAAUAAUGGAAAGAAGGUUUUGAGGUCACUUCUCAGUGGGAUGUUUUUAUUUGACUUUUAAUUUGAUUUGUGUUUAUUUUCAUUUUCUUCUAUUUAGGUUUUUUUUUUACUUCCAUUUUCCUUUGUUGUUUUUAAUCAUUGAAUUACAUGUGUACUUUUGUUUCAUUUGUAUGGUCUUUUUAUAUUUGUUUUGAUUUUAUUCUGUCCAUAUUUUAUUUAGUUUUUCAUUAUUUUCAUUGUAUUUUUUGGGACUUUAUAUUUGAUUCUAUGAUUUAUUUAAUCUUUUUUCUAUUUGUUCAUUUCAUUGUUGUAUAAUCGGAUUCUGUUUUGUUUUGGUUUUUAUUUCAUUUCCUACUAUUUUGAUGUCAUCUUGUUUAUUUUUUGUUUAUAUUUUAAGGAGUUCGUUUCAAUCUGUUUUGAAUUUGGGGUUUUUAGUCGUUUUUAAAUGUGUGCUUUUUAUUUCCCGUUACUAUUUAAUUUCAUUUUAUGAUAUUUUGAUGUUCUUUUAUUCUGGUUUUCCUUUUUCUGUAUGUUUCAUUAUGAUUACAGUUUAAUUUCAGUUGAUUGUAUUUAUUUAUUUAUUUUUGUAUUUCUUUUUGUUUGUUUCUUUUUGCCAUUUGAUUUUGAUGGUUCCGUGUAGCGUAUACAGUUCUAGCGUUGAAUGUGGGUCUCGUUGGGGGAACCCUCCAUCAUGCGGCGCACAAAGCUGCCUCCACUCACGCAGCGCUCCUUUUCCCACUCAGUGUUUUCCUGUUUUGCUUCUACUUCUACCACUUUCACAUUUGCCCAUCACAUGAGUUGUCACUUAGCCUAAUGUUGCAGACGGAUUGUGUGUGUGUGUGUGUGUGUGUGUGUGUGAGACACACAAGCCUACAGGUGUCAGCAGUGAACCCUAACCACCUUAGCUGGUGUUGUCUUACUUUGCGAGCGGCAGAGAAAAAGUGCUGACGAAGCACUGAAAUAUUGAUGAGCUUUUCUAACACACCAAAGCAGCUUGUUGUGAACCGAAGGCCCUUUUUUGCAGGUGGACUCAACGCCAUGACAAUAUUGCAAUCAUCCUGUCUAAACACCUGCUUGCUUGGACUUUGACUUUUAACGCCAACAAAAUGAAGAACAAAAAAAAAAGCAUGUUUUUCUUUUUUUGGCCACGAUCAGAAGCGCUGUGAUCAGAAGUCAUCAAACCAUGUCUCAAAUAAAAGUUGUCAUCAGGAGGAAACUU